AUGUACCUGAGGACGGACAGCUUUUCGCCGAGACCUGUCCACCAUUCUGCUUUUUGUGGGAAACUGCGGAGGACGGAGGUGGAGUGGCCGGGUGCGGGCGCUGCGAGCUGCGGGGAGAGUCGCGCGGGCCUUUUGGCAGGGAUGAGCGGGAACUACACGGCGGCCGGUGCCCACAUGCCUGCCCACAGGGCAACGUCCUUCUUCAUCGAGGACAUCCUCCUGCACAAACCCAAGCCCCUGCGGGAAGCCUUCCCGUCGCCCUUCACGGGCUCGCUGGCCUCCCGGAUGCCCCUGCUGGAGUACGGAUACCCCCUCAUGCCCACCCCCAUCCUCGCCCCACACCCGCACCACCCGCUCCACAAAGCCGAGCAUCAUCCCUACUUCUUCACCUCGGGGAUGCAGAUGCCCUCGCUGUUUCCUCCUCAUCCUGAGUUGCCCGGUAAGCACUGCAGGCGCAGAAAAGCGCGCACUGUCUUCUCGGACUCUCAGCUGUCUGGACUGGAGAAGCGCUUCGAGCUGCAGAGGUACCUGUCCACCCCGGAGCGCGUGGAGCUGGCCACGGCGCUCAGCCUGUCCGAGACACAGGUGAAGACGUGGUUCCAGAACCGCAGGAUGAAGCACAAGAAGCAGCUGCGGAAGACGCAGGAGGAGCAGAAAGCUCCCGGAGAGCAGCUGGACAGAUGCGCGGACACGUCGAGCGAGAGCGAGCAGGAGAGGAGAGGAGCAGCGGAGGGCAGGAGGAGUCCGGACACGUACACGCUUGAGGAGAACGAGGACGAGGUGGACAUCGAGGAGGAGGACAUCUGCUCUCCUGACCAUUUACUAUAGACUUCACUCACCCUCUGUACAUGUGUAUACGGAGUGCUGCCAGUUUAGAUAGGAAAUUAUAUUUAGUUUCUUUUUCUUCUGAUUUUUUUUUACAAAAAUAUCAGCCUGUAAAGCUGUAAUAUAGAAGCGCUUUGAAUAAUAUGCAUUAUGAGCUGAGUGAAUUUAGGCGAACUGUCC